GUAUCAAAUAACCCCUUUUCCAUUUUUCUCCUCGAGUUUUCAGAACAAGGGCUGUAUAGAACUCUGCGGCUUCCACUGAGGGGUUUACGUAAUCCGUACCUGCUGAAGAUCUUCUUGAGAUUUUGAUGUUGUUUGAAGCUUAAUGGUGACCUUGUAAUUUGGGAAGGAUGGUGUUGGUCUUAGCGCUAGGAGAUCUUCACAUCCCUCACAGGGCACCUGACUUGCCUGCAAAAUUCAAAUCAAUGCUUGUUCCAGGGAAAAUCCAACACAUCAUAUGUACGGGAAAUCUCUGUAUCAAAGAAGUUCAUGAUUACUUGAAGAGCCUAUGCCCGGACAUGCAUAUUACUCGAGGUGAAUAUGAUGAAGAUGCCCGCUAUCCAGAGACCAAGACUCUUACUAUUGGUCAAUUCAAGCUUGGACUAUGCCACGGUCAUCAGGUUAUCCCAUGGGGGGACCUGGAUUCUCUAGCCAUGCUCCAGAGACAGUUGGACGUGGACAUCCUUGUCACGGGCCAUACCCAUCAAUUCAAGGCCUACAAGCACGAGGGAGGUGUUGUUAUCAAUCCUGGCUCUGCAACGGGUGCCUACAGCAGCAUUACUUAUGAAGUCAAUCCAAGCUUUGUCCUCAUGGACAUUGAUGGCCUUCGUGUUGUGGUCUAUGUUUAUGAGCUCAUUGAUGGAGAAGUGAAGGUAGACAAGAUCGAUUUCAAGAAAACGGCAACCACCCAUACGGCUCACUAAGGCAGGAGGCAGGCUUCAAGUGAUAGAGUUUUGAUCACUGUUAUUGUGUUGGAGCACAUGGCUUUAUUUAGGCGGCUUGCUUGCUCUCAGAAACUGAUCUGAGAAAAACAUUUGGGUGUGUUUGGAUUGUGUCAUUUCUCUUGAUUGUACUGAAUCUUGAAUAUUCAAUUCACUUGUACAUCCAAACAAAGCCAAACUUUCCCUAUAUGAAUGGAGUGUUUUUUCAAUU